UCAAGGCAGAUGCACGUUCAGCUGAGCAGUCUAUUUUCAUUUCAUUAAGUCGAUGCUCAUAGAACAGUGCGGUUUUAUUCUCUUUAUCUGCUGUAUAUAUUGAACGCUUUGCAAAAUCACGCUUGAUUUAUUUUUGGUUUUAUGUCAGUGCGAAAGACAAGGCUUGCGUAGUAUUAUUUAAAGCCACGGUAAUCGAGUAGCCUAGGGCUAAUUGUACUGAACGGUUUCAGAGUUCUUCAGACGACAAACCAGUAAGGCUAUUUAUUACUUGGGCUGCUUAUGUAACCACAUGAAAUGUAAAUGAUAGCUAUCUCGUGGGCGUUAAGUUUAUUACAGUGGCUACGUUGUUGUUGGAUUUUAUUUCAUUUAGUCGCUUGUUCCUCAUAGCCAGUGUUCAUGCCAGAUCUGCAGCGCUUUAGGUUGUACAGUAGCAUGAAUCCUUUGUUGGGAGGGAACGCGCUUCUUCAACAACAACAGCAACAAAAUCAAGAGGGACCCAGUCAUCCGGAUUCGCCAUCGGGCCUUUUGCCCGAAGCUGCUCUAGGUGGUCCAUAUCCAUCUAUCAUCCUCGGGGAGCAAUCAGGGCUGGGUCUAGAGAACAUCUCAUUUUCUGGGCCGGAGUUGACGGCAUCCUCCCAGUCAGGUUUGGCAUACCUGCAUCUAAAUAAUUCCUUCCACCGCUCAGCAGCGCAACCCCCUGCAGCUAUGGCUUUAAGAAACGACCUGGGAUCGAACAUCAGUGUCCUUAAGACCCUCAAUUUGCGUUUCCGAUGUUUUCUAGCCAAGGUCCACGAACUAGAGAGGCGUAACAAGAUUUUGGAGAAACAAUUACAACAAGCACUUGAAAAUAACUGCGGAGAGAACGGAUGCGGUGACGAUAGAAGGGGACAUACCAGGGAGAUUGGUGUACAGACCGGGUUUGUCGGGACCAUCCCAGUGAGACCCGGGUCCCUCCCUUUUCUAAACACCAACAAUGCUGCCAAACGCCCGACCAGUUUGUUUACACCGCCUCUCACCUCCGUGCUCAAACUGGAAACUAAUAAAUGUGACGAUGAAACAUCAACUUUAAACACUCAAGAUACCAAUUCGAACGCGAAUCCGACCAUCACUAUCAGCCUGUCAACUCCGACAGAGGCCUCCGCCAAUACCAACAACUCCAACAACGCGCCAAAUGUCAGCAGCGUCAGUACCCACACUGGGACCUCGCCAAAUCCUCCACCAAGAUUUCUACCAGGCACCAUUUGGUCAUAUAACCAUACCCGAAAACUUGGAUCGGGCUUGGAAACAAGGGUGACCAGUCCUGGUGUGUCAUGGGUCCACCCUGAUGGAGUCGGUGUCCAGAUAGACACCAUCACACCAGAGAUAAGGGCCCUCUACAAUGUCCUGGGCAAGGUGAAGCGUGAGAGGGAUGAGUACAAACGCAGAUGGGAAGAAGAGUACACUAUGCGUGUAGACCUCCAACAAAGAAUUGGUGAUCUUCAAGAGGACCUGCAGGAGAGCGAGGUGUGCCAGGACGAGCUUGCGCUCAGGGUCCAGCAGCUGAAGGCCGAGCUCGUCCUCUUCAAGGGCCUCAUGAGCAACAAUCUGUCCGACUUGGAGAGCAAGAUCCAGGAAAAGGCGAUGAAGGUGGACAUGGACAUCUGCCGACGCAUCGACAUCACAGCUCGUUUGUGCGAUGUGGCCCAGCAGAGGAACUGUGAGGACAUGACGGGCAUGUUUCAGGUGCCCAGCACUCAGUCUGCCAUCAACUGUCGCGCUCGGAAACAAGCCCCUCAGCCAGUCAGUGGCAGUGAGACGGAUGAGCCAAUGAGCACCUCAGAUAGUGAUGGGGGUGGAGCAAAGGACGAUGACAUCUGUAGUGCUUCAGCCAAUCAGAUAAAUGAGGAAAUGCAGAGAAUGUUGUGUCAACUGAGGGAGUGUGAGUUUGAAGAUGACUGUGACAGUCUGGCCUGGGAGGAGACAGAAGAGACUCUUCUCCUGUGGGAGGAUUUCCCAGGAUGCACCUUGCCUGCUGAAACACACCCACAGGGGGAGCAGGAGGAGUGUUUGGAGAAGGUGAUUAAGGACACUGAGUGCCUGUUCAAAUCCAGAGAGAAGGAGUAUCAGGAGACCAUAGACCAGAUUGAGUUGGAGUUGGCCACGGCUAAGUCGGACAUGAACAGGCACCUGCAUGAGUACAUGGAGAUGUGCAGCAUGAAGAGAGGCCUGGACGUGCAGAUGGAGACCUGCAGGAGGCUCAUCACCCAAUCUGGAGACAGUAAAUCCCCCUCUCCAGUCCCUGGAGUCGCUGGAGGCCACGUGGACGAGGGCACUGAGGAUGCGGAAAGGGCGGUGGCUCCACCCGUCGAGGCUUCCAGUAGAUAGUAGACGAGGUCGCCCAGUGUGCAGAAGAGAAGAAGACAAGACUUCCACCACCCCUCAGCCCAUGCCCUGUCAUUAGCAUCAUUCUCAUGCCACUCGGGCUUGUCUUCCAGUGGGUGCCACAUACAUACCACUUUUGCAUAGGAGGAAUUUCCUUACACUGAGCUUUUGAAGGGCAGGUAACUCUGUUUAUUAUUUGGUGGAAUCAAAUAUAUGUAUGAAUAGUAACAUCUUGAUUGUGGAACUAAUUUGAUUUAUAUUUUUGAUUCAUGAUGAUAUUGGAGUGCAUAUGUAGUAUGUCCAUACCAUAUAGCAUCUAAGCAGAGACUGCCCCCUGCUGGUUGACUGUAUGGUCCCAUGCUCACAUUUUGCACACAAGUGACAAUGACAAUGGCUAGGAAUGCUAGUGACCAUCAUAAAUCAACAGUUAUAUUUUCUUAGUGGAAACCACAAAUUAUUUUCAUUUUGAAAAUGCAUCAUUGAAAGACUGGAGAUGUUGCUGAAAACAUGGAUGAUUCCUCUCAGCAUAAAGGUUCAUAUUUGUAAUGUAUGUAUGUAUGUAAUGUAAUGCUGUCAAAAGCUUGUCAUUUACAAGCUUUGACAAAAAAUGUUGAUGAGUUGAAAAGCAAUCCAAGCCCUUAACCUUAGAGACCUCAUUCUGCCCACAUCACUUAAAGCACAUAUAGGUUUCAUUUAACAAUAAUAACAUCAUACAUCUCAGGCUCAUAGUUGUCUGACGCAAUAACCAACAGAAAUGUUAUACAAGCUUUGACAUUCAGCUACAAUUCAACUUAGAAGCACCUCAUUAUCCAAUAAUCACAUGGUGUCCAGUACAUCACAGGCAUCUCAUUACAUAUGUCACUGGAUCACACCUUGUGCAUGUAUAUAAUAUAUAUAUAUAUAGGUGUGUGUGUGUAUAUAUAUGCUGUAUAUAUAAUGUAAAAUAUACAUAGCUACUACCUGUAAAUAGCUAUGCGGACCUUUGGUAAGGUCACUGGGGCCUUUCGCUCACUCUCUGUGUCUGUGUGUGGGAUUGUGUGUGUUGUAACGCUGUAUAGGGCAUGUACACAUGCUUUAUGAAGAGGCACGGCGAGGCUGGAGAUAGAUAGAUGGAUGGAUAGAUAGAUAGAUGGAUAGAUAGAUAGAUAGAUGGAUAGAUAGAUAGAUACUUUAUUGAUCCCCAAGGGGAAAUUCAAGGAUGACACAGAGAGUGGUGUUGUUUGCCCAAGGGCAUGGGAACGAGGGCUGCACUGGGUUGAGAUCAUCUAUCUGUGGCCUGGUGUUAACACUGAUGCAGAGGCUGUGGUCUGUCCAGGGUGUCACUGAGAGGAAGUUCCCAUCAUUGGCCUCAGUUGUCUGGUGUCUGGUGCGUAUACCGUAACCCCAGCUAAAUCUCAGCUGGUGAGAAAUGGGCUCGAGUUGAGCCAGGCUAGGCUAUCAGCAGAUUUCUAUUCUGUCCAAAUAUUUUGGACACAUGCUUAAUGACAGACUUUGUACUGUAGGAUGGCUCCUACAUGCCACAUCUGUUAAACCCAGGGCUUGUGCAAUAUCUGAACCCUUACUCACAAGUCCUGGUAAGUGCUUGAAUUUUUCUGUUAAGGCCUACAUAAAUGAAUGAAUUGUGUGAGCUAGUGGUUAGUUUGUGCCCUUAUUCCCUCCAUACAUUCAGUUUUUUCAGGUGUACACAAUAAAUAGUUAUGGUAAGGAAUUCAUAUGAAUAAAAAACAUGAAUGUGCACUUGAAAUAUAGGGACAGAGGCACAGAAAGAGGUCCUCAUGCUGAUGCUUCAGAUGUUUUUUUAGGAUCCUUGAAGUGGGAGGCUUGCUGUGUGUUUUAUCUGAUUUAAGAUUAGUUUUGAGAUAACACAAGUUGUCUGAGUCCCAGUACGCUUACUAGGUAUGGUCUCUGACUAUCAACAAGGAACGUGCGUAGUUACCAACGGUCACAGGACCGUCCAUGAUGCAUCCAGUUUCUAUGAGUAACUGGAUGAAAAAAGCUUAAUGGGAAAUAUGCCAUAGAAGAAAGUGAUUUUGCUCAGGAAAGGGAAAAAAUCAAUUCAGUUCAAUUUUUAUUUCUUUUUUGUUUUUUCUUUCUCACCUUGAUGAAUGGCUGUUGUCUGUGAGAAACCCACACAGUACUUCAACUCACAGGAAUAGAUUGUUUCUCGCGUGCCAAAAUCUACAGGUUACAGAGGUCACAAAGGAUGUCACACUACUAUCUGCUAUGAAAACCAACCUCUCUAUGGUGCUCAGUUCCUAUAUUCCUAAUCUAUUUUGAAGCUUAAAGCACAGCCGUGCAAAACAAAGCAAAGACGAAAAGGGAGCAGCAGCUUUUAAUGAAACUGCCACACUGAUGGGUAGUUCUUCAACAGCCAAAGCCUAUGAGAUCAUGAUGUUUAGUUAUGUUGUACAGGUUUUCAUUUGAGGUUGUGUAAUGUCUUUUCAUUUUAUUAUGAGGUAAAAACACUGAUUUUGUUUUGCAUUUUUUAUGUUGACUUUUUCUUAUGAUGCUACUGUUACUAUUGUAAAAUAGGUCCAUUUCCUCUUGUGCGUAUAUUGCCACACGGAGAUCAUGUUUGUUUAUGAGGAAAUGCUGCUGAAAUGCUUUCAUGGAUGACACCUGAAUGUUGAGACAUGUUAACCAUAAUGCUGUCUGGAGCUUAAUACUGUUGAAGUUCAGUUUAAAGAUUGUAUCAGUGAUUGCAGGCCUAAAAAAGGCCCAAACAUAAAUGAUCACAUUUAUCUAAUCUUUCCUAACGAUCCGCUAGCUGCCCGCCCCAUAAGCAGGCCGUAAAAAAAACGUGUCUCUGUAGGCAGCCUAGGCUCUGAGAUCUGCA